CUCUGGUGACGUAGCUCCCGCCAUCUUUCCAGCCGGCUCCAGGAGGAGAAGAACACGUUGCUGGGAGUAAAAGUAACUUCAACGCGAAGUAUUUGUGUCCAAAACGUCGUUUCUCGUUUGUUUUCUUUCGAGCCGAGUCACCGGGGCCGAAGAGGGCUCCACAGGUGCUAGCGUCCGUCAUUCCAGCCCUCCAUCAUGGCGGAUAAAAACACCAGGAUCGCCAUCGUCAACCACGACAAAUGCAAACCCAAGAAAUGCCGUCAGGAGUGCAAGAAGAGCUGCCCGGUGGUCCGCAUGGGUAAGCUGUGUAUUGAAGUGACUCCUCAGAGUAAAAUCGCGUGGAUCUCAGAGUCCCUGUGUAUAGGCUGCGGCAUCUGCAUCAAGAAAUGUCCGUUUGGAGCUUUGUCGAUUGUCAACCUGCCCAGCAACCUGGAGAAGGAAACCACACACAGAUACUGCGCCAACUCCUUCAAACUGCACCGACUGCCGAUCCCCCGGCCCGGUGAGGUUCUGGGUCUGGUCGGGACCAACGGUAUCGGCAAGUCCACGGCUCUGAAGAUCCUGGCCGGGAAACAGAAACCAAACCUGGGCAGGUUCGAUAAUCCUCCAGACUGGCAGGAGAUCUUGACCUACUUCAGAGGUUCUGAGCUGCAAAACUACUUCACCAAAAUCCUGGAGGACGACCUGCGGGCCAUCGUCAAACCGCAGUACGUGGACCAGAUCCCAAAGACCGUGAAGGGGUCAGUAGGGGCCAUCCUGAGCAGGAAAGACGACACAGACACACAGUCGAUUGUGUGUGAUCAGCUAGAUCUGAGUCACUUGCGGGAGAGGAACGUGGAGGAUCUGUCCGGAGGAGAGCUGCAGAGGUUCGCCUGCGCCGUCGUCUGCAUCCAGAGAGCCGACAUUUUUAUGUUUGAUGAACCGUCCAGUUACCUGGAUGUGAAACAGAGGCUGAAGGCCGCCAUCACCAUCCGCUCGCUCAUCACUCCGGACAGGUACAUCAUCGUGGUGGAGCAUGACCUCAGUGUGUUGGACUAUCUGUCUGAUUUCAUCUGCUGUCUGUACGGCGUGCCGAGCGCGUACGGCGUCGUCACCAUGCCCUUCAGCGUCCGAGAGGGCAUCAACAUCUUCCUGGACGGUUACGUUCCCACGGAGAAUCUCAGGUUUCGUGAAGCUUCGCUGGUCUUCAAGGUGGCAGAAACAGCCAACGAGGAGGAAGUGAAGAGACUCAGGCACUACCAGUACCCAGAGAUGACGAAGACGAUGGGCGAGUUCUCUCUGGAGAUCAAAGCGGGAGAGUUCACAGACUCUGAGAUCAUGGUGAUGCUGGGAGAGAACGGGACGGGGAAGACGACCUUCAUCAGGAUGUUGGCCGGAGGACUCAAACCUGACGGAGGAGGAGACGUUCCCAUCCUGAACGUGAGCUACAAGCCUCAGACCAUCAGCCCCAAGUUCAAGGUCAGUUUGAUCCAUUUCUUCAUCGUUCACUAAUAAAACUUCCCCUGU